GUGUUGGGGUGCCAGGCAGACCAACCAACCCACCAACCAAGCCAAGCCGCCGCACCCAAACAAUGCGCGCUCCCAAUCACCGCCGUCAUUGUUCUUGUCCUCUUGCUUCAGCUUCAUUUGCUUGCAUUAUCGACGGUGCAUGCGUGUGUGUGCAUUGCGUGCUCGGGCCAUUCACCGACGACUUACAGCUGCAUCCUUCGUCUUUCUCCCCAGCCAGACAAGCAGAUAGACUUUAAGCAAGCUUGCAGCAGCAUCAGCAGCAGCAGCAGCAGCAGCAGCAGCAGCAGCACACGACGACUGCGACCAUGAUGAGCAACAUGGGCCAGCAGCUGCCCCUGACGGAGACAAGCAGCAAGCUGCAACGCGGCACCGGAAGAAAAAGCAUCUUGCCCACACCCCGAGCCAUCCCUGGCUACCAAGGACAUGUUCACGGCCUUAGGGACUACGAUCCUGGCCGGCGGUUUGGCUCAAGCUCGUCCCAUUUGCUGGCCACGCGUGCACAGGAGCAAACCGGCCGCAAGCACCAAGACCAGAGCAAGACAGUACCCACGCGGUUCUUGAAGUUUUCGCGGCCGUCUCGGCCGGCCGUGCCCAUGCUGGACGUGAGCAAGGCCUCAUCCUCGGCCCUCGCCAGCCUGCCAUCGGAACAGCUGCAGGAAAUCACCCUUGCCCAGCGCGAAGAAAGCCGCGACUGUGCGUAUCGAGGCAACAUGGUGCCCGGAUACAGCGGGCAUGUUCCUCGACUGCGUGAUCGUGUGGCGCAGCCCUUUGGCAACGCCACCGCAGACGCCAUCUCUGACUUUGACAAGCACCGCGUGCGCACACGCGCGCGUCAGCAGUUUUCGCGCUCUGCACCCUUGAAGCAGCCCCUGCAAGCCAGCCACCGCGAGACGAGAAGCGCAGAGGCGCUGGCGUUCGAGUCCAACAAAAACCUGUCCUCGUACAACGCAGCAUUCACGGAGCGCACGCCGUACAGCCGCAAGGCGGGUGCCAUCCCAGGCACGACGGUGCAUGUUCCCUUCCAGCAGCACACGUCCCUUGGCCGCACAUACCAGGAGGCUGUGAAGGAGAGCGCCAAGGCCCUCCGUGCCAGCCGUCCCGGCUCGCACUACAGCUCCAGAGACGCCACCCUCUCCCAAAUAGCCCGUGCACGUCAGCACCCGCCGGCCGCGCCGCAGAACAAGCCCAUGUAUACGCAUGUGGAGAAGCGAGACUUUGUGGUGUCUCCCCGCUUUGGCUUUCACGCCAAGUGAAAGGCAACACACACAUGCCAUGGACAGGAGUGCUGCCACCGCCCGUUCUUUUGGUUUCCACUCCUCCCCUAUCUUGUUGUCCUCCUGACGGUGGUCCCACAAUCAAGUACUUUGUCAAUACCCUCUUUUCUUCAAAGUUCACCUGUCACACAGACUUGAUGCACUGCGACUGUACUUCCUAUCAAGGUUUGGCUUUCUGACAACCUACCACUACCGCCACCACCACCACCACAGCCACCACAAGCACAGCCACCACAAUCACUUCUCUGUGUCGUUCUCUCUGAGCACAAGUUGUGCGCUGCUUGUCGACCCCUUCCCCACCACUUGCUGUUUAAUGUUUCAUUUAUCACGUACCUACUACUCUCCAGCUUUGCUACUGUUUGAGGUUUGCUUUUUCUCUUGCGUGGUUCUGUCUCCCUCGCGUUGGUGUUGCUGUUUCUCUUCCUGCUUCACAUCGCAUGUCACACCACAUCAGACAUCACAUCACGACCUUACGUUUUGUUGUGUGGGAGUUCUUUCUUUUUCUUACUAUUCAACUGCUUUCGUUGUUUGUGCUCUAUGUUUCUCCUGUCUUUCCAUGCCUCACACAAGCCACCACACCGUGCCAAGAGCAAGCAAGCCACUGUCACAACAGACCUUGCGAACCACGCACCAGUGUGAUGUGAGAUGUGAUGAUUGUGACAAUCAAAAAGACCACAAGCCACACGCA